AUGUCGCAAGAAGAUAGCGGGGGACAUGAGCAAAGUAGUGGAGGGCCUGAUCAAAGCACAAUUAUUCGGGCUAUGCAACAACAAUUUGAGCGAAUGAACAUGGUGCUCAAUACGAUUAAUGACCGGUUGGAGAGGCAUGAUCAGCGGAUUGACCAGUUGCGACAAGCUCCCAAUCAACAACCAAGGAGGAACAAUAACCGACAACCAGCACCUACUACUAAUCCAUUUGAUGGCCACGAGGAGAGAUCCUAUGAUGAUGAGGAUGAUGUAUCUUCCAUUGCCGCAAUGAGACGAGAUCGAGGGGCAAGGGCUGAGACGCCAUGGCGCGGACGUGGAAGGCGCCAAGAAAGAGACACCGUUGAUCGCAAGAGCGAUCCCGAUAUUUACAUCGAAUGGGAAAGGAGGGUUGAACUGGUUUUUGAUUGUCACAACUACUCCGAGGAGAAGAAGGUGAAGCUUGCAGCUGUGGCAUUCACCGACUAUGCCAUAGUUUGGUGGGAUCAAUUGACGGUGAGUAGACGCCGAAAUGGAGAGCGACCUAUUGACAAUUGGGAGGGCAUGAAAGCUGUCAUGCGGAGGAGGUUUGUCCCAUCCCAUUACUACCGGGAUUUAUACUUGAAGCUGCAGAAUCUUAAGCAAGGGUCUAAGACCGUGGAGGAGUACCACAAGGAGAUGGAGAUUGCCAUGAUUCGCGCCAAUGUUGAGGAGGAUCGAGAGGCAACCAUGGCUCGGUUCAUUAGUGGACUUAAUCGGGAGAUUGCCAAUAUUGUGGAGCUGCACCAUUAUGUGGAGCUUGAAGAAUUGGUGCACAUGGCUAUGAAGGUUGAGAGACAACUCAAGAAGGGGGGACGAUCGUCAUCCAGGUUCGAAUCCUCUAAUUCGAAUUCGAAGUGGACUUCCAAGUUUGAAGGGGCUGGACCUAAAUGGACUGGUUCGAAGCAAGAGGAGAAGGCCAAGGGAAACAAGCCCGCAACCAAGCCAUCAUCUGAUUCUAAGGAGAGGGAUGCCGAUGAUGUGGAGCAUGCUGUAUCGGGUCAAACUCUUGUUGUUUUGAGAGCUCUACAUGUGCAAGCCAAAGAAGAUGGUGAUGGGCUACAAAGAGAGAACAUUUUCUACACUCGAUGCCACGUGAAGGAUCGAGUAUGUGGACUGAUUAUUGAUGGGGGAAGCACUGUGAAUGUGGCAAGCAAGCUGAUGGUGGAGAAGCUUGGUUUGAGCACUCAAAAGCAUCCAAGGCCAAAUAGACUUCAGUGGCUGAAUGAGAGUGGUGAAUUAAAGGUGACAAAACAAGUGUUAAUCUCAUUUUCUAUUGGGAAGUACCAUGAUGAAGUUUUGUGUGAUGUAGUUCCUAUGAUAGUCAGCCAUUUGUUACUCGGGAGGCCAUGGCAAUUUGAUCGAAGAACUACACAUGACGGGUACAAGAAUCGGUAUAGUUUCAUCAAGGAUGGUCGAAGCAUGACACUUGCACCGUUGCCACCACAUCAAGUGUUCGAAGAGCAACUCCAAAUCAAAAGGUCCAGUGCUGAGAGUUCAAAAGAAAGUAAGAGAGUGGCUGAACCAAAAGAAAAGGAGAGUAAAAGUGAGAGGAAAGAAAUUCGAGAGAAAAGUGAGAAAGAGAGUGAAAAGAAAGAAAAAUAUGAGAGUUCAGCCUUGAAAAGAAAAGAGGGGAAGAAAUUGAGUUUCUUCACAAAAGAAAGAGAAUUAGAGAGUGUUAGUAAGGAUGAAAGGCCAAUGAUAUUGUUCUUGUACAAAGAGGCCUACUUAUCUAAUACUUUUAACCUAUAUUUGCCUAGUGUUGUGGUUUCUCUUUUGCAGGAGUUUGAUGAUGUGUUUCCUGAGGGGACGCCACCGGGAUUGCCACCAAUCCGUGGGAUCGAACAUCAAAUUGAUUUCAUUCCAGGAGCGCCCAUUCCAAACCGGCCAGCAUAUCGGUGUAAUCCCGAAGAAGCAAAAGAACUCCAAAAGCAAGUUGAUGAGUUGCUGACCAAGGGCUAUGUCCGAGAGAGCAUGAGUCCAUGCUCUGUGCCCGUGUUGCUUGUUCCCAAGAAAGAUGGCACAUGGAGAAUGUGUGUGGAUUGUCGAGCUGUGAAUAAGAUAACGGUAAAGUAUCGCUAUCCUAUCCCUCGAUUAGAUGAUAUGCUUGAUGAAUUGCAUGGUUCCACUAUAUUUUCCAAGAUUGAUUUGAAGAGUGGAUACCAUCAAAUUUGCAUGAAAGAAGGAGAUGAGUGGAAAAUAGCAUUUAAAACCAAGAGUGGAUUGUAUGAGUGGUUAGUGAUGCCAUUUGGAUUGACUAAUGCACCCAGCACAUUUAUGCGCCUUAUGAAUCAUGUCUUGCGUGCUUACAUUGGAAAAUUUGUUGUUGUUUACUUUGAUGAUAUUCUGAGUUAUAGCAAAACUGAGCAUGAUCAUAUGAAUCAUUUGAGGUGUGUUCUUGAGGUGCUGAGGCAUGAGAAGUUGUAUGCUAACCUUAAGAAGUGUGAAUUUUUCUUGGAAAGUGUUGUUUUUCUUGGUUUUGUCGUAAGUUCCAAGGGUGUGGAAGUGGAUGAAGAGAAGGUGAAAGCAAUCCGGGAAUGGCCUACAUCCACUACCAUUGCUGAGGUCCGAAGCUUCCAUGGCCUUGCUGGGUUCUAUCGAAGAUUUGUGCGCAAUUUUAGCACCAUAGCUGCUCCUUUGACCGAGAUCAUCAAGAAGGAAGUUGGCUUUAGAUGGGGCAAAGAGCAAGAGAAUGCAUUCAAUACCUUGAAAGAAAAGCUAAGUUCUGCUCCUUUACUGAUUUUACCGGACUUUUCUAAACCUUUUGAAAUCGAAUGUGAUGCUUCCGGUAUUGGUAUAGGUGCCGUCCUUAUGCAAGAGAAGAGGCCUAUUGCUUACUUCAGUGAGAAGCUCAAUGGGGCUGCGUUGAACUACUCCACAUACGACAAGGAACUCUAUGCUUUGGUGAGGGCUUUGGAGACAUGGCAGCAUUACUUGUGGUCCAAGGAGUUCAUCAUUCACACCGACCAUGAGUCCUUGAAGCAUUUAAAGGGUCAAAGCAAGCUGAACCGAAGGCACACACGUUGGAUCGAGUUCAUCGAGAUGUUUCCCUAUGUGAUCCAAUACAAGAAAGAUUCGAGGACGAAUCCUUUUGAAGAAGGGGGGAAUGAUAGGGUUGAGCCGGUCUCCGAGCAUGAGGACAAGUUGCAUAUUUCUACCGGACCGAUAACCAGAGCACGUGCCAAGAAAUUGGAGCACGCUUUGCAGAACUUAUGGACGAAUAUUCUGGAAGAGGCAUGCAGUUCGAGAGACGAGCGAGUCGACUCGGGGCUGAUUUUGGUCAUCAAGAGUGCUGAACCUCAUCAGUACACAUCGGGACAUUAAAUGAUGACCACAACCACCUCAAAUCGGGUUGAAUAUGCAUCCUAGAAGAUGGCCACCAAUUCUGGUUUGACUAUUAGGUUGGAAUAUGCC